AAUAAUAGUUUACAAGAGGGCUUUUAUUUUGAAGGGAGAGUCAUUUCACGGACCUGCAGCUGUUCGCUUUGUUAUGGAGGAAGCGCGUGACUGCUCGUCACGUGACAGAGGGGUCUGAAGAUGGAGUAAUGGAGAGUUUAUUGUGAAUUUGGGGGAAUUAUUAACGUUAUAAAUCUGCGGGGACGGCCUGAAAGCGGGCAGAAUGCAGUAACAUGUGGUCGUACUGUGAUUUAUCACCUGUGAGAGCAUUACCUGUGGUGAUUCUGCUGUUAUAGUUUUUAUUUAUUGGGUGAAUUAACGCUGAUUAACUCACUCUUGAGUUCUGUUACCUGAUUUACAUCCUAAUAAUCACAGUUUAAUUAAUAAGUCUGCUCAUCAGAGAGGCGAUUAAACGCGUUAUUACUGAUAAACAGAGCGCAGGAAUAGAGGAGCCUCCUGUUCAGAAGUCUGGGUGUUACAGAAACAGUAAAUAAGAUGAAUGCUUUGGUUGCUCUUUGCCAUUUCUGUGAACUGCACGGGCCCCGGACCCUGUUCUGCACCGAGGCCGUCCAUCCACCAGCCCCCUCGCCCCCUCAGCCGGGGUCCGCCCUGCUGGGCGAUCGGGAGGCAGAGAGAGAGGGAGAGGGGCUGACCAUGAGGGCCAACAGCUCUGCCACACAGAGAGCCGACAUGUGUGAGGGCUGUCGCUCUCUCCCUGUGUCCCACCCCGGCUUCGUUAGUGUGGACACUGAGACUGGAAUCCGUUUCCUCAGCCACCAGCACCCCCGACAGGCCCAGCUCUUCAGUGUGGUCCGGCAGGCCUGCGUUCGCAGCCUCAGCUGUGAGGUGUGUCCAGGCAGGGAAGGACCCAUCUUCUUCGGGGAUGAACAGCAUGGCUUUGUGUUCUCACACACGUUCUUCAUUAAGGACAGCCUGGCGCGAGGUUUCCAGCGCUGGUACAGUAUCGUGAUGGUGGCCAUGGACAGGAUUUACCUCAUUAACUCUUGGCCUUUUCUGCUACGCCACCUAAAACUCACCAUCCAGAGUCUGCAGAGCACUGCACUGAAGGUGUUUGACAGUGAGCAGGGGGUGUGUCCCCAGAGGGCCGUACGGAUGAACAGCGCCUUCUCUCCUGCAGUGUUUCCUCACCAGCGCAGUGGAAACGCUGCCCGCUCCCUGCCCUCGCUCACCCAGCACCCUAACCUGUGGGCCAGCCUGCACGCCUCAUUCAGCUGGCUGCUGAAGGCCUGUGGGAGCAGACUGACUGAGAAGCUUCUGGAAGGAGCUCCUACUGAAGACACACUUGUCCUUAUUGAAAGACAAACAGAACAAGAAGAGGAGAUGAAUGCUGAGGGGGCUGGAGGUAAAUCGGAGAGUGCACAGUGUCGAGAUUUCCUCUUUGGUGAUGAUGGAAAGGGGGAAGAAUAUUGCGGACCAAACUUUAGAUCGCUGAGACAUCUACGACAGGUUCUCGGUGCUGCAGAGUUUCGACAGCUGGCGUGGCACGUGCUCAUGGGAAACCAGGUGAUCUGGAGAGGAACGGAUCGGGGUCUCAUCCAAUCAGCUUUUAACGUGCUCAAGACCUUGCUCCCAGUGGGUUGCGUGCGGGUGGAGGCGUACAGUUCACAGUAUGAGGAAGCGUAUCGGUAUAACUUCUUGGGUCUGAGUCCAGAUGUUCAGAUCCCAGCUCACGUCAGUUCCUCCGAGUUCACGGUGUUGGUGGACGUGCUGAAUGUGGAGCAGGGGUGUGUGCACGUCGUGUGUGAUGAUGAUGUCCUUUCACUGUACCAGUUCAGCAUCAGCAGCGCCAAUACACAACCAGUAGACAAAGGUCCGACGCUGCUGAAUAAGCUGGAGGUCGCACUGACCAAUGAGAACCUGUCUGUGGAGGUGGUGUCUCACUGCCUGCUCUGUCUGAAGGAGGAGUGGAUGAAUAAAGUGAAGGUGCUGUUUAAGUUCACGAAGGUGGACGGGCGAGGCAGGGACGACACUCAGAAGGUCCUGGUGCUGCUGGGGGCCACCGGUCCCGGGGAGGAGGACAACGUACGGCUGCUCAAAUUCUGGAUGACUGGACUCAGCAAGACCUACAAGAGCCACCUAAUGACUGCAGUCAGGGGAGUAGAAAGGACACUGAGCCAAUGAGAGAGAGAGAAAGAGAGAAAACACAUGCCCUGAUUUACAACCACUGCAAAUCUGUUCAGUCCAGAACUGUGCAAUAUUUACAAGACUAAUAUAUAUUAUUAUUAUCCUCCUUUCACCCUGUUCUCGAAUACUCAGAACCCCACAGGUAGUAUGAGUGAGAUCAGAUGCAGCAAUGCUGCUGGAGUUUUUAAACACUGUAUUUUUCUCAUUGUCAACUUUAUUAAGUCAGAAACAGAAGCUCUGAAUCUGUUGCUGAACAGUUUGUGUUGGUCAUACUCUAGUCCUUCAUCAGUGCCCACAGGAGGCCACCCAUCAGAUGCUGUCGGUGGACUAUUCUAAGUCCAGAAGUGACACUGAAAUGUUUAAAGCCUUAUCCACUCAUACCUGCACACUAGCACCUCAUACACCACCACCACCAUGCUAAUCAGUGCUAUUCACUGCACUGCUGAGAAUAAUGAUCCACCACCCAAAUAAUAAGAGCUGCUCUGUGGUGGACUAACCUGUGGGGACCUAAGCACUGAAGAAUUAGGUGAAAGGAGGAUAAUAAUAAAGUAUGUAGGAAAACAGAUACAGGAAUAUAGCCUGUAAUUAUAGUGUCCAUAUACAGCUCUGGAAAAAAGGGACCUCUUCAGUUUCUGGAUCAGUUUCUCUGAUUUAACUAUUUAUAGGUUUAUGUUUGAGUAAAAGGAACUUUGUUGUUUUAUUUUAUAAACUAUAGACAACAAUUUUUCAAAAUUCCAAAUAAAAAUAUUGCUAUUUAGAGCAUUUAUUUGCAUAAAAUGAGAAAUGGUUGAAAUAUAAAAACAAAUGCAGAGACCUCAAAUAAUGCAAAGAAAACUAGUUCAUAUUCAUAAAGUUUUAAGAGACCAGAAAUCAAUAUUUGGUGGAAUAACACUGUUUCUUUUAAUCACAGUUUUUACGCAUCUUGGCAUGUUCUCCUCCCUGAGUCUUAUACACUGCUUUUGGAUAACUUGAUGCCACUCCUGGUGCAAAAAUUGAAGCAGUUCAGUUUGGUUUGAUGGCUUGUGAUCAUCCAUCUUCCUCUUGAUUAUAUUCCAGAGGUUUUCAAUUUGUUAAAAUCAAAGCAACAUACAGAAACAAUGAGAACCCACUAUUCAUCUACCUUCAUCUGGGAGAGUUCAUAAUCACAAUAAUGUUGUGAUAAUGUUGUGCAGCUCUAGUUUAAACUCCUGGAAUUUAUCAGCUGUUGCUUACUGUUGCUGUUAUGCAAAAACCCUGUAUGAAGGAAAAGGACAAACCAAUGUAACGUUCAUUAAAUGUCAGUGUAAAAGAUAUUUAUAUAAUUUUGGAGAAUUUCUAUUGGUAUAUUUAUUUAAAAAAAAAAAAUUCAACUUCCAGUUUUUGAAUGUCAACAACAUUUGUAUUUGUCAUUAUGUGUGUAUAACUGUAAUGUUUUGUUUAACAUUAUUAAAACAUUUGAGGAAAUAACAAA